AUGCUCAAAGCGCAAAUCCAGACGGGCUUGCAACUUUUGCAGCGUGCCGCUGUGUCGCACAUGCGACCGCUGCUGUGUACGCUGAUGCUUAUGCGUAUGCGUGUCCAUUUAGCACCACGAGCUUUGCAACUGCAGCGAAGUCUUUCUUCAUCUGAGUUUUCGCCGCUCAUCGCAGACGCCAUCCUUCCCAAAUGUUCAUCGUGUGGAGUUUUACUUCAAAACGAAGACAGAUCAAAGCCAGGUUUCUACUUGGCGCCGGGAAGUUCUCGGGAUUUCCGAAAAGAAACCGAUGUCGUCUACGAAAAACAUCUUGCGUCACUUGAAGAGGCUGAUCGGGAUUUGCUUCUCAAUGGUGCGCAGGGGUUGCAGGUUUCCGGCCAGAAGGAAACGCCGAAAAGCCAAAAACAGCCAGCCAACAAAGUGCUGUGUAUCCGCUGCCGUGAUUCCCAUUACCGCUCGCAGUUUCCGCUUGACCAAUUUGCCGUUGCAGCAGUGUCGGACGUGAUGCACAGCAUCCCCGCAUAUGCGAACUUGGCCUAUGUCGUGAGUGCCACGGAUUUCCCCAUGUCUAUCAAUGAAGAUGUGUUUCGGCACAGAUCACCGCGUGAAAUGCAGUUUGUGGUUACGAAAAACGACUUGUUUUUCCAGAAAAACUCCGUGGCUAGCAAAUACGGACUUCAGUUUUAUCAGGACUACUUUUGGCGCAUGUUCAAUGUGCCUGUGGAAAACGUGCAUUGCGUUAGCGGCACAGUGGACUGGAACACGGAAAAACUCUUUGACAGUCUUCGCGACAAUACUUACUUCAUUGGUUGCGUUAACAGUGGAAAGUCUACUUUGAUCCAGUCGUUGGUGCACCUUGCUCACAAAAGACGGCUCGCUUUACCCAAUGCGAAAAGAGACCGGGCUCUUCAGAAAAUAGACAAUCAGGUUAUUUCCACGCAACAGGAGCCUAAAACCCGCCAGGCGCUCAUCAAACACAAUAGGGCAUUGGCCUCGGCCUUCAAAAAGCAAAACGGGCCUGGUGCAUCGUACAUGCCUGGAUUUACCCGAGGAAACUUGCCCUUUGAGCUUAGUCGCAGUGUGACAAUUUACGAUGUGCCUGGUUUUUCGAGUGCCCAGACUGCUCAGCUCUACGACUUUCUUGCACCACAGGCUAUAAAGGCAUUGCACAAGGGCCAGAAAGUGUACAAGGCCGGUACAUACAAAUCGCACUACGAGACGUUGAAGUCUGGCCAGGUUUUGACCGUUGGAGGCUUGUUUUUUUUGCAAGCACCAAAAAACACCAUGUUCCAAGUCAAAAACCUCAUCAGCCACCCACACCAUAUAUUCAAAGAUAUGGAAAAGGCUAUGGACGUGUGGCGCAGUCCCGAAAUCUACCCGGCGUUGAAAAAUGUGUUUGUGGUUCCGGGUACCCGUAACAAUGCUCCAACACCACUAGUGAAGCAUAUUGUUCCGUCUUUCUACGGUAGCAUAGACCUCGUGCUCCGGUAUUUGGGUUAUGUUUCGCUCAAACCCACUGGAGCCAAAGACCCUGAGUCUGGGCCACUUGUGGUGUACCUCCCAAAGGAAGUGGAUGCGAUCAUACGCCAACCCAUAACUAAGUACAUCAGCCGAACAUUGAGUGGACGCGAUGCAAACGGUAAUGUCUUGCGCAAGGAAAACUGGGUCCAGAAAAGUGUCACUGAGGUGAAGCGAUACACGGGGAAAACACCAUUCACCAGCAGACUUAUUCCAGCAGUAGGAGAAGAUGCUUCAGCAGACGAGGCAGAGGUGAUGGAACGGUGUGUGGAAAAGAUUAAAGGGCAUGCAGUGGCACAUGCGCAGAUUUCAGAGGAGACAAAAUACGCCAAUUGGUUAUAA